AGGAAUUAGGGUUUCUGAAAGCAAAUCACAAUCAGAUCUCAUAUCUUCGCCGCUCUUUCUCUCUGCUUGUUGUAGUUAGAAGAUGUCAGAAGAAGUGGAGUACCGUUGCUUCAUUGGUGGACUUGCGUGGGCAACGUCUGAUCGUGGCCUCAGAGAUGCCUUUGAGAAGUAUGGUCACCUCCUUGAGGCUAAGGUUGUUCUUGACAAGUUUUCUGGGCGUUCCCGUGGGUUUGGGUUCAUCACUUUCGAUGAGAAGAAGGCUAUGGAUGAAGCUAUUGCAGCAAUGAAUGGGAUGGAUUUAGAUGGGCGGACUAUCACUGUUGAUAAGGCCCAGCCACAGGGUGGAUCUGGCAGGGAUAGGGAUCAUGAUGGUGACCGCAGCCGUGACCGUAGCCGUCCCUCUGGUGGGCGAGGUUCAGGCGGUGGAGAUUGCUUUAAAUGUGGCAAGCCUGGACAUUUUGCUAGGGAGUGUCCUGAUGAAUCCGGUAGAGGUGGUGGUGGUGGAAGGUACAGCUCUAGGGAUGAUAGGUACGGUGGAAAGGAUGAUAGGUACAGCUCUAGGGAUGAUAGGUACGGUGGAAAGGAUGAUAGGUACAGUUCUAGGGAUGAUAGGUACAGUGCAAAGGAUGACAGGUCUGGUGCGAAAGAAGACAGGUAUGACAGAGAGAGUGGUGGUGGUAGGGAUCGCUAUGGACCUGAUCGCGGAAGCGAACGCUCUGGAGGACGUAGCAGGGAUGAUGGCAGCCGUGGAGGUGAGAGGCAUGGCCGUGCUCCAUACGAUCGCCCCAGAGAUGGUGGCUCUCACUAGAAUUCUACUCCAAAGGUCAAACAAGGGGAAGGUCUCUGCUUUCGGUUCUCAUCAAGUGGAAGUUAGAUCAUCUGUUUUGUUGUAUUUGGAUAGCUCAAGAAAGACGAUGUGUGUCUGUUUCGGUCCGUAAAACUCAAGAAUCGGCUAAUGUGCUCUCUUUUUUAUAUGUCGACCCGUAUGGAAACCUUGUGCUUGGUUGAUUUGAGAGACACUAUGAGAUGUACUACUUUAUGCUUAAUGAAUGCGUGGGUUACACCCCCAACACUAAAUGUGCAAAAAGUCUAAGGAUCAUCUGAUACUUGGUUUUAGCCAGAAAUAAUGUACUACUGGUCUAUAAAACGUGAUGCAAUUGGGAAACAUUGAGACUUGCCUACUGCUACUCAAACAUCCCAUCAUGUGGCAAAAGAAAAGAAUGAAUGAAUCCUUGUGCAGUUCUAGUGUCAUGAUUCCAAGUUCCUAUCUCGUUUAGUAUUUUUGUGUGAUUCUUUUCUUCGUGCGGACUCUGGAGUCUUGCUCUUGACCCACCCUUUAAAUAGCCAAUAGAUGCCUAGCCACUUUCACAGUUUGUAAAUAAUCAAAUGUGGAUUUAAAGGUACAGUGAAAGGGAAAGACAUUGUGCUUAAUGAGUCUUGUAUCAACGUGUCGUUUAGAGUUAGCUUGGACCGUGCGCAUUUCACUGAAAGCAGCAAGCCGAUGAAUAUUUCAG